UUGAAAAAGAAGAGAAAAAAGAAAAAAAGACAGCUUUCUAGGGAGAGAGAGAGAGAGAGAUUGUUUUCAUCAGGAAUUUUAUGGCAAUUGCAGCUGCCGCAAGCAGCAGCAGUUCAUCAACGAUGAGCCACGAAGUAAGCAGCACCAAAAACAACAACAGCAACAGCAACAGCAACAGCAGCGAACACGAUCAACACGAGCACGACGUCGUGAUGCCUGGCUUCCGCUUCCACCCCACCGAAGAAGAGCUCGUCGAAUUCUACCUCCGCCGUAAGGUCGAGGGCAAACGCUUUAAUGUCGAACUCAUCACUUUUCUCGAUCUCUAUCGUUACGACCCUUGGGAGCUUCCCGCUUUGGCUGCCAUUGGAGAGAAGGAGUGGUUCUUCUACGUCCCUCGUGACCGAAAGUAUCGGAACGGAGACCGCCCCAACCGUGUUACCACCUCCGGUUACUGGAAGGCCACCGGGGCGGACCGCAUGAUCCGCACCGAGGAUUUACGCUCCAUUGGCCUUAAGAAAACCCUUGUUUUCUACUCCGGGAAGGCUCCUAAGGGUAUCCGUACUAGCUGGAUUAUGAACGAGUAUCGAUUGCCCCAUCAUGAAACUGAGCGCUAUCAAAAGGCUGAAAUUUCGCUAUGUCGAGUUUACAAACGAGCUGGAGUUGAAGAUCAUCAUCCGUCACUCCCUCGGUCGCUCACGUCGAGAGCAUCAUUGUCGAGAAUGAAAACCUCGUCGACAUCGACGUCGAAGAAUCUUCUUCCUGGUGGCUCAGUUUACGUCAUCCCAACUUCAUCGCCAACGAACUUCGAGCUACAAUUCCACAAUCGUCAGCUUCAAAUUGGCACCGGUGUCGAAACUACCACGGUGGCGGUAGCCGACGUCUCAGCCACGAGCUCUUGUGAAGAAGUUACCACCGUUCUUGGCCUCUCCAAACAAAACCCUUUUCCGACAACUCCGUUAAUCAACAUGGCGGCUGGUUCUUCUACUCCUCCCAAUUCCUUGGAAGAAAAUGAUCACCAAUCCAAUAUUCUCCAAAAACAACAACAACCCUCUUCUUCUUACCCUUCUUUCUUCACUCCCUCUUCCAACAAUUCCCUUGACGACCUACAAAAUCUCAUUAACUACCAACAACAACCACCCUUAUCCACUUCGCCGGCCGCCAUCGUAAACUCUCUUCCGCCGCCGCAAUAUUACCAACCGACGCCGCCACCACCGCCACAACAACUUGCCCUCAACACGUUACCGGUUGCGUUCUCCGAUAGGCUGUGGGAGUGGAAUCCAAUCCAAGAUGCGACAAAUCCGUUCAAGUAAGUUAUGAACGAUCUUAACUGAACUAUACUCACAUUGGCAACAUUGAUAUCUUUAGUUGGUUUUUUUUGCUUUUUUUUUUUGUUAAUCUAUGGAGCUGCAUGAUGAUCAAGAACAUAUAUGACUAAUU